AAACUCUCAACAACCCCUCUAAAAGCCCUCAAAAUUGACGAUGAUUAUUAAGCCUGUGUUUUCCCUUGCAAUCCGCUACUGCUCUUCGUCCUUGCAGCAAAUAAACAAUUAUAAAACAAGAUCAUGGGCUCGAAAAUUGCUUGCUAAUGCUGAGCUUUCUCGAUUUUACAGUGAGAAAAAGGCAUUGAAUGGAAAGGAACCUAAAAGUGCUGUGAUUAUAUUUGCAAACGGUGCCGAAGAAAUGGAAGUUGUUAUACCAGCUGAUGUGUUGCGCAGAGCUAAGGUCGACGUGAUUUUAGCCGGUUUAUGUGAUAACAAACCGGUGAAAUGCAAUCAAGGUUUAGUCAUAGUUCCAGACUGUGCUAUGAAAGAUGUGGAAAAUCGAAAAUUUGAUGCAAUUGUCCUGCCAGGUGGUCUGGAAAAUAACCUAGCAAUGGCUGAAAGCGAUAAAUUUGGCGAAUAUCUUAAAAAGAAAGAAGAAGAAAGUUACAUAGCCGCCAUUUGUUCUGGGCCUUUAGCCUUAGCCGCCCAUUGCAUUGGCAAAGGAAAACGUGUAACUUCUUAUCCCAAAAUUAAGCCAGAUUUGGAGUCAAUUUAUAAGUAAACAUGUCCCGCCUCUUUUCAACUAAACCAAUCGUUCACUUAAAAUAAUCAAUAUUUUUAGGUAUGUCGAUGAUGAAAAAGUAGUUGUGGAUGGUAA